AGGAGGAAAACUGACAGUUGACAGAAUUGACACCGCAACACAGAUUGCAGCGAUUGCAGCGAAACGUCACGUCUGUAAUAUGGCGCACAGCCAAAUCAUCGCGCAUUAGCCUGGUUGUGUUUUGCUUGCCGUUUCGCGUCGCGCGCGUCUUUUCCUAUUAUUUGCUCUUCUACCGAACGCGCAGUGAACCCGCCGCCAUGGACAAUUUAUUUAGCAUGUGGAAGGUGCGCGAGCUUGCGGACAAAGUCACGAAUGUAGUCAUGAACUACACGGAGAUCGAAGCAAAAGUCCGCGAAGCGACCAAUGAUGAACCCUGGGGUCCAACCGGCCAUCAAAUGCAGGAACUCGCACAUUCCACCUUCACCUACGAGCAUUUCCCGGAGGUUAUGUCGAUGCUCUGGAAGCGCAUGCUCCAAGACAGCAAACAGCACUGGCGCCGCACAUACAAAUCCCUCCUCGUACUCAACUACUUGAUCCGCAACGGAUCUGAACGCGUUGUGACUUCAUCACGGGAACACAUCUACGACCUGCGCUCGCUGGAAAAUUACACAUUCGUUGAUGAACUCGGCAAGGAUCAAGGCGUCAACAUUCGACACAAAGUCAAGGAAUUGAUCGACUUCAUUCAGGACGAUGAUAAACUGCGCGAGGAGCGCAAAAAGGCGAAGAAGAACAAGGAUAAAUACAUCGGGAUGAGUUCGGAGAUGAUGGGAGGUCGAUUUGGUGGUGGGGGUAUGGAUCGAUGGGAUCGUGAUUACGGCUAUUCCGAGCGUUCGGACAGUGGACGCGACCGUGACGGCGACAGCAACAAUCGUUACCGCGAUAAAUCAUACGAUGAAGAUUACGAAGGCGAAGCGAAUGAUUCAGAUAACGAAUCAUCGAGGCGUUAUAAAGAUACCGACCGGGUUGGCAGUCCGACGAAUAACAGCCUGGAGCGCAGCAGUAAUCGCGUCAAUCUAACGCUCAACCAAUCAGCGCAGAAGUCGCCGAGCAAACCAACGAAACCAAUCAAACAGGUUGAUUUGGGCGCUGCGGCUAACUACGGAAAGGAUGGAAGAGACACGUGCCAAAUGAAACCGCCAGUCGUCAGUGGUGAUCUGCUAAAUGACGAUUUCAAUCCGCGCGCGGAUGAAACACAAAACACUCAGGAAAAGACUCAAGUUGAGUUUGGUAAUUUUGAGGCUGCAUUUGGUUCUUCUACUAUUUCUACUGCUACAAGUGGUGAACCUGUACUAGCGCCACCUAGCGAUGAUGGUUCAAACGAUGACUUCGCCGAUUUUAGUUCUGCUUUCACCGCAGCGCCAGCGCCAAUCACAAGCAAUAAUUUAAAUCUAAAUGUGGGCGGUGAUUUGUUCGGCGCUCCGAGUAUACCAACCGCCAUUCCACACAUGCAACAUAUGCAACCUGCAUCACUACCGCCCUCUAGCGGUGGCAGUGAUCUCCUCGGCGAUCUUUCGUUCAAUUCGCUCAACAUCAACACGCAGCCCGCACAAACGAAUGGAAAUCUUGAUUUGUUCGAUGGAUUAUCAACAGGCACAAAAGUAGUGCAAACACGUUUAGAUGCCGUGGGUGAAUAUCUCUUCAAUGCGUUCAAGGCCGAGAAAAAGCUUAAGUCAAUCGAAGACGUCCAUCGAGUGUUGAGUGCAGUUGAAGACUUAAACCAAGAAUUACCAGGACCUCUAACCGUUCAAAGAUUACUGAAUAUUGAUGACAUCUCAACUCCACAACUUAAUUUCGUACAGUUAAACAACUACCGCUACAUUCUACAGUUUCUAAUCGAAGUUUUCGAUCAUAGAUUUCCUUAUGUUGAGGAAAACUCAACUGUUAUACAUCCAGUGAUUAUUUCACUGUUUACAAUCGAAAACCGGUAUUAUUUUCUUGAAUCUCUUGAAGUUCUUGUUACAUUUUGACAAAUGACCAGAAAAAUCCGAAAUUUUGAGGAAUUACUCGAAAAACUCUUAAAAAGUGAAGCGUUAUUCGAUGCGAUGAUUUAUUUCUUUAAAUCUGACGGAAUUGACGUUGAAGAUCACUACGAGAAGUUUCUACAGUUGAUGAUGUCGCUACCAAGUCGCGUGGCGAAUGUUUUGGCACAAAAUGGCGGCGAUAACCUCACUUUUUUCACAAUCGAACAUUAUAGUAGAUUUUUACUGGCGCAGAUGAUGAAAUGCUUGGAAUUCUUCACCGCAAACAAAAACAAUGACGAUAUUUACCACUACGAACACAUGGCGUUGUUUAUGAAUAAAUAUUUAGUGUUAUACGGCGCUGCCAAUGUGGAAACAUACUGCAAACUUAUAAACAUCACCUCAGAAACGUCGCCAAAGUAUAAAAACUUACACAACAAUAUUCUCAUGCGGUUACAAUCAAAACCAAUUGAAAUACUUGCUGUGAAUUUGUUUAAACACGUUGAUAUUGAUUAUUUAUCAGAAGAUUUACUUAAAAAAGACAACUGGAUAUUUAUUUUGGCGAAUAAAUUACCAUUGAUGAUGUUUAAAGAAGAAUUCACGAAUGAUUUCAUCAUUAAUUUGGUACAAUUCAUUGAAAAAUCAUCGAAAGUGAUUGAGGGGUUGAUUGUUGACUUGAUUGAAUGCUGGUGCAGUAAAUCAUCACUGAUUAAUACAAGUUUCGAGCAACAUUUGUACAUCACAAAGUUUUUAAUCGCAUCUACAGCCAGAAUAAUACCGAAAUGUUCUAAAGAAUUUCGAAAUAAAAUAAACCAGAGUGUUUAUUCUGGUAUACCUCUACAUUUACAAUCAACCAAUGAAGGAUUGAGAUGUAUCGGAAUGACAACUGCGGAGAUUUUGUUGAAUUUACUACGUAGUAAAGACGAAAACAAAGAUAAUGAUAUAAAAUUACACUUUGAAUAUGAUAAACUCUCACAGGAGAGUCAAAAGAUGUCUGCGGAGUUGUUCAAGAUGGCGACGGAUUGUACAAUCAAACUACAAUCACCAAAAGAUUAUAACUAUAAAGAUUUGAUUGAUAGUUUGGUUACAAACCCUGAAAAACCUGAGUAUAACUACAAACCACCUACAAAAUUGAAGAAAUUUAAAGAAACAAAGACUACGAAUGAGUUUAUAGCUCCUAGUUUAUCAAAAUCAAAGAAUAUGCAUGUCAAGAUUAUUGACGAAGACUUCCAGUUGGAUUCUGAUGAUGAUUUGGAAGAGUAUGAUACAUCUGAAGAUGUGAAAAUGGAAAAAGUACCACCGCCUGCAUAUCUGCGUGAUUUGCGUGAUGGGUUACUAGAAACAGAGAAUUGUGAAGUGUUUACGCAAAGUUUAACCGCUGCGCAUGAUCUUAUCAGUAAACAACUGCACAAUGAUGAUGCGAGUAUCGGGAUUGAGAUAUUAAAGAUAUUAAUCUCUCUACGACCGAAUUUUUACGUUGAAAAUUAUGAGGAUUUGGUUUUCAACGCUUGUGUUACCAUAACCUGUGUUUAUCCAGCGAUUUAUGCUGAUUUUCUUUGCAAACAGUUUCAUGCAGAUACAGGAAUCUACAGUAUUUCACACCGGGUGCUUAUGUUGCAGAUUUUGCAAGCUUCAGCUAAAGAAUUAGCAAGUAUUACUAAAAAUACCAAGAAAAGCGAUGAAAAUAGUGAGGUUAUAACCAGCAGGUUAAAAACUAGAUACUAUGAGUCCUAUUAUGCGAAACAAAGGUCUAAAGAUAAGAAAACGGUGAUUAAUCGCUUUGCACAGGCUGCUGGACACUUUUUCUUCCCGUUGAUGCAUGGUUUUGGCUCGAAUUACGUUAUGAGUGGCCCGAAGAACGAUGACGAUUACAUUUUACUGGUUAAUUAUGUGAAAACGCUGGCGAUUGUUAUGUACUCGGCGAUGAAUUGCCCGAUCGCGGUUAAAAUGGCGAAAGAAGUGUUUAAACUUGCCUGGGGGUUGAAGUUCCACAAGGAGGCGAAGGUGCGCAUUGCUACGUUGGAGAUGAUCGCUGCGGCCAUCUUGGUUAUACCACAAGCUAUACUUUUGGACGAUUUCGUUGGCGAAUUGAUGGAAUAUCGCUUGUGGUUGGGAUCCAUGAUGAAUCCGAAUGUGAAUCGGGGAGAAUCGGACUCGGAGUGUCGUCUUUUAACUGCGCAUGUGUUGUCUAUAAUCGAGAAUGUGUUGAAAGUUUCUACUGAAUAAAAAGUUGCAUAACCUUGUAGUAUUAUGCGGUUAAUACUGAAA